AUGGCUGCGGACAGACCUGCCCAAAGUUUCCGCGACGAAGCCUCCUGCUCCAUCUGCACGGGCUUCUUCCGAGACCCCGUCUCCAUCCACUGCGGGCACAACUUCUGCCGGGCGUGCAUCACCCGCUGCUGGGAGGAAACCGAGGAGAAUUUCGCCUGCCCGCGGUGCAAAGAGACGGCGCCGCAGAGAAACCUGAGGCCCAACCGGGAGCUGGCAAAAAUCAUCGAGAUCGCCAAGCGGCUGAGCCUGCGGGCAGCCAGAGGAGGGGCAGGGGGGCAGAGGCUGUGCGAGAAGCACCAGGAGGCUCUGAAACUCUUCUGCGAGGAGGACCAGACCCCCAUCUGCCUGGUGUGCAGGGAGUCCCAGGCUCACCGGGUCCACGCCGUGGUCCCCGUCGAGGAGGCUGCGGAGGAGCACAAGGAGAAAUUCCAGGCUCACGUGCAGAUCCUGAAGGAGAGGAGAGAAAAGCUGCAGGGGCUGAAAACGGCCGAGGAAGGGAAAAGCCGGGACUUCCUCGAACAAGUGGAAAAGGAGAGGCAGAAGGUUGUGUCUGAAGUCAAGGAGCUCCACCAGUUCGUGGAGGGACAGGAACGUCUCCUCUUGGACCGGCUGGCAAAGCUGGACCAGGAGAUCAUGAGGAGAGAGGAGGAGAGCAUCAGCAGGCUCUUGGAGGAGAUCUCCUCCGUCAGCGAGCAGAUCCGUGAGCUGGAGGAGAAGUGUCAGCAGCCAGCGUGUGAAUUCCUGCAGGACAGCAGAAACAUCCUGAGCAGGCUUGAGAAGGACGGUGCCCAGAAGCCAGCGGAGACGUCGCCCGGGCUGGGAGAGGAACCCACCGGUGUUCCUCAGAAAAGUAUUGCCCUCAAAGAGAUGCUGAUGAAAUUUCAAGUGAGUCUGACGCUGGACCCAGAGACGGCGCAUCCCCGGCUCGUCCUGUCCGAGGACCGCAAGCGCGUGCGGUGGGAAGACACCCGCCAGCCCGUACCCGACAACCCCAAGCGCUUCGACUCGUCUCGCUGCGUCUUGGGCUGCGAGGGUUUCAGCGCGGGGAGGCAUUACUGGGAGGUGGAGGUGGGCGAUGGGGAAGCCUGGGCUGUUGGGGUGGCCAAGGAGUCGGUGAGGAGGAAGGGACGGAUCAGCGUCAACCCCAAGGUGGGGAUCUGGGCGGUGGGGCAGUGUGGGAGCCAGUACCAGGCUCUCACCUCUCCUACCAUCCCCAUCUCCCUGCUCGCUGCCCCCAAGGUCAUCGGGAUUUACCUGGACUACGAGGCGGGGCGAGUGGCAUUUUUUGACUCGAAAAACGAGGCGCCGAUCUUCACCUACCCCCCGACAUCCUUUGCGGGGGAGCAAAUCCUCCCCCUGCUCUGCCUGGGGAGGGGGUGCCGGUUCACGCUCUCCCCCUGA